CGAACAAGACUACGAUCAUGAUAACAUCUACUGUUUUGCUUUUAGCGAUCAUUUCACCACUACUGGCGGCUAAAUACAAGGUGACGAUUUUGACCUCAACUGAAUCCAACUCUGGAACUAAUUCGAAAUUCUUCUACAAAAUCAUCGGAACAACAGGACAUACAGGAGAGCACGUGACUGAUAACCCGGGGAAUGAUAGAAACUCUGGCGACACAGAUAUUUGGACCUUUAGUGACAAUGCUGACAUCGGGGAAUUCCAGUGUAUUUCCAUCAGAAUGGAUGGAACUGAUGGGUGGCUCAUUCAUACAAUCAGUGUUCAAGUAGACGAAAGAAAAGAAUUUGACUUUGUAAAUGGAGAGAAAAUUUGGAUUGAUGAUGAAGCAGAAUUAGUAUUACAAUUCUGUAGACCUGAUAAAAAUACAUGCCCUCCUUUCCACCCCUACGUUUACAACAACGGGCAAUACUGCUGUCAAUCUAACAUGGAGAAGGACAAUGCUCCUGAUGGUACACAAUGUGAUGGUAGUGUGCUUCGGAGAGACAGUAAGUGCUGUGUUGGUGACAACUACAUCAAGUGUCCUAGCGAAAUAUGCUAUCAAACAGGCGGAUGGAGCAGCUAUGGAGAGUGGUCAGAGUGCUCUAAGGAAUGUGGACCAGGAACCCAAACACUAAACAAUAUAACCUGCGCGAAUCUUGCUCCUGCUCACGGUGGAGCAGAUUGUCAGGGAGAAAGCAUUGAGACUAAGUCAUGCAAAACUAAAGACUGCCCGGUUAAUGGCGGAUGGAGUGGCUAUGGAGACUGGUCAUUGUGCUCUACAGAAUGUGGACCAGGAACCCAAACACGAACCAGAACCUGCACAAAUCCUGCUCCUGCUCACAGCGGGACUCAAUGUGACGGAGAUGACAGAGAAUCGCGGAAUUGCAAUACUCACUCUUGCCCAAGUUGUACGGGACUAGAUUCAACCUGGGAACACGCUGUAACAGUUACACAGUUUCCUGUUGAAGCAGCAGAAGUGAUCAGAGUGAGCUGUAAACCUAGAUAUAACAACUUAGGAACACGGUCUAUGACAUGUAUUAACGGAACGAGCUAUGAAGUAGUUGGUAGAGAAACAGCAGACCCUCCUAAAUGUAUGAAAACAAUGCUAACCAAGGUAGACAUUCCGAAUUCCUACAACUACAAGAUAACGGUGAACUGCAAGGAGGGGGGGGGGGGCCAGUUUGACUACGUGUUCAUGGACUCUGAGAAGAGGGAAGCACUGUGUAGCACAGACACGGGCUAACUCCCUGCUUUAAGGCUAUUGACCCCACUGACUGAAAAAAUAUCUUCUGAUAUUUAUCGAUUAAACGUUAAAUAUAGUAAUUUUAAAGAAACUGAUGAUAUGUUCGUAAUUAUUCGUUUUGCAAAUAUUUUCAAUAUUAUUCAACGAUUUUUUAAAUGUGUGAUGCAAUUUUCAAUAAUCGCAAUUUGAGAAUUUGAUUUAAUUUUACUGUUUUAAUUUUAAACCAUAAAUCAU